AGGGAGGAGGGAAAGGAAGCACGCUUACCCAAAAAAAAAGCACUUGCAGGGUUAAAAAAAGAAAGAAAGUGUUGUAAAAUGUCACGGCAAGUCUAAUAGAUUUAUAGAGAAGUCUGGUAGGAGUCAGUAAUCACCUGAGUUGUGUGAUGUAGCCUGAAAGUUAACUUUUUUUUAUAGUGGCGAGGCAUAGUUUCACAACAGGACUGAAACCAAGAUGAGUUGUUCAAUGAGGAGGUGCGAUCAUGAAACUCAACAGGUAGCAAUUACAACUCAAAACAACGAGGCUUAGAAGAACCAACUGGAAAAUCCUUCAAUGAGGAAGCUAAUGCUUCCUCUGUCACUGAAACACCACCGGACAAACUGCACGAGUGCACACUAACUGGCCUAGCAGGACUUCCUGAAAAGGUCAUGGCCUUACCCAGUUGAUCAGAUACAAUGAAGAGACUGGAUGAUGAGCCCACAAAGAGUGGGAACAGGACGAGCCUUUCUGACAAGCUCACCAAUGGUGACUUAGUGACUCAGAGAAGCCCUGUGGCUUUAUUGCAGGGGUUACGGCUGUGUCAGGAGGCGUGGAACCCGGGAAGUCCGUGGGACAGACAGGGAGCCCAUGCUGCUCUGUGGGGCAGGCCACCAGGGAGUUUCCUGGUGGUGUCAGAUUCUUCUUCUGAGAAUAAACUCCUGUGUGUGUCCGUCGAUGACCAAAGCAAGAAAAUACAAGACUUUACCAUCAUACAAGCUGGUCCAGCACAGCGCCUGAAUACAUCUCACCUGGCCUUUUCUGACCUGCUGCAGCUGGUGGUCUUCUACACAUUAAGCAGAGAUGUGUUGCCAUUGUGCUUGUGGGUUCCUUCAUGGGUGUGUGGCUUAAUCAAACAGCCAGAACAUCUUGUUUCACAACUGGGUCCAAGGGCCUGGCUUUGCCCCUCAUCAGAUCUGUGGCCAGGCACAAUGAGUCCAGGAACACCAGACUCUCAGGAAACUGUAAUGUGCACCAUACAGCUAACAGCAGCCAAUGGUGCACUCUGCUUCAUCAAUCCUCUGUAUCUCCAAGAGCACGGAGAUGAAUGGCUGACAAAUUCCUCAGUCAGCGCAAAUCUCAUGAAUCGCACCUUCACUUCCAAGCGCGACAGGCGGCUGAGUGCAGCAAGAGCUUGGAAAGGGGCGGGGCUUAAGAAACGAACUGAGUCAGUGGACGAAUCCUCUGGAAGUUUCGACAACUCAGGAUCUCUUGCCCAGAACCCAGUUUCUCCAGUGUCCCAAACUGGAGUAGUCCUGCGCAGAGCAAGCACUUCCAGUACCACAGAUCCUCAAAGGAGAAUAAGUACAGAUUCAAUUGGCAGCCCUGUCCCGCAAUCCCCGCACCGAGUGUCUUGGGUUGAGGACAAAGUCUGGAUGAACCCACCUGCUCCUUUAUCCCUGCUCCACCCGCCAUGCCUAGAAUUUGAUUCUCUGUCAAUAAGCAGCAUAGAAGAAGAGCCUGAUCAGGAGCCACCUGCAAGUCACUCCUGUGUGCAAAACUCACCUCGCCUCCCACUGGCUGACAAGGUUAAGAACAGGCUUUCAGCAGUUGGCCAGGCUCUGGGUGGCUUCAUUAACCCACAGAAACGUCUGAGCAACCGCGUGCAGGAAAUGAGCGAACGUAAGGGUGGUUCCUUUGCAGAAGCUCUACGGGGAUUUGUGGACCAGACGCUGAAAACUAGAGCUGUUUGUGGAGUGACAAGUACAGAGAUGCUGCAGGAAGUGCGUUCCUCCCUCACAGCUCUGAGGGAUAUGUUGUAUGACUCUGUGGAAAUCCAGGUCAUCAUAGAAUCUCUGGGAGAUGUACCUGAUUUUGAGCUGGAUACCAUGCUGGAGCAAGCCUUGCAUAAAGUGGCGCUGAAGCCAUUGUAUUCCCAUUUGUACGAGAUAAUGAAGACGACACGACAGCAGGAUGGCAGCCUACAGCGUCUGCAAGCAAACCAGAACAUGCUUAUGGACCGAAGCCUGGAAGAACUGGAGGGGACGGUGGGUGCGGGUGUGCCUGAUGCGGCCAUGUUGGAGAAGAUCCAGCAGCGCUGGGCAACCAUGCACCAACAAUACUCACCCCAAAAGAAGGUGGAAAUGCUGCUUAAAGUCUGCAAAAACAUUUACCACAGCAUGACUGUCAAUGCCAAGCCUGGUGUGGUUUUCGGAGCGGAUGACUUCCUGCCCUGUCUGACGUGGGUAUUACUGCGCAGCGAUGUUGUUACUUUGCAGAUAGACACGGACUACAUGAUGGAGCUACUGGAUCCUUCUCAGUUACAGGGAGAAGGUGGAUAUUACCUGACAUCCCUCUACGCCUCCUUGUUUUACAUUAGCAGCUUCCGAUCUCGUUUGGCGACACGUCAGCUGAGUGCUGAAGCCCAGAAGUCCCUCAGCCAAUGGCAUCGCAGACGCACGCUCCACUGCAACCAAUCACGGCGCAGCAGGAAUCGCAGGACCAUCAGGAGACACAAAAGUGGCGAAAGAGCCAAUGAGGACUCAGAUGAGAUGAACACAAGUGCAUCCAAAGAGAGAGACAGAGACUUAACUUAUGCUGGUAAUGUGACAGAGACACUGCAGGAAAAGAAUGAGGAGCAAUAUAGAGCAUCCGAGGAUUAAUAGCAACAAAAAAAAAACACCUCUGAGGCUGGGUAUUAGCAGAAUAAUAUUAACAUUAAAACUGCCUUGCACUUUUGCCUUAUGUUUAUGAAAACUGUACAGAAAUGUAAACAAUUCCCCUGUGCCAAACUACACAAUUAUUGGUCUUGGGUUUCUUCUUUUUUUUUUUUUUUUUACACCAUUUAUGAGGCCUUAAUGCAACCAUUUCAUGAAGCCUACAGACCAUGAACUGUAUAAGAUAUGGAAAUGUGU